AUGGUUAAGUCAUAUGCUGUUCAGCGGUUUCCCAUGGCGACAGGCUUCACCAAUGUGUAUCGGCCUACGCGACCUCUUAAUGGACGCCGUGUGUUUGCUUCCCCCGCAACUCCGUCACCAUCCAGUCAUUCGUGGUGCUACGAGGAGGAGCCCUGUGAGUACAAGCCGUCUCAUUGGCUCCAGCUGCCUCACUCAAAAUGCGGCGGCGAGCGCCAAUCGCCCGUCGACAUCGAGACGCGCGACACCGUGACGGACGAGCGGCUCGGGGCCUUCGCUUUCACAAAGUUUGACGACAAACACGCCAUCAAGCACGUCACGAACACGGGCCACUCGGUGAAGUGUGUGCUGAAAGAGGACACGGUGGAGGUCUCAGGGGGAGGUUUGGGAUACGUCUACUCCACCCUUCAGUUCCACUUCCAUUGGGGCUCAGAUAAGUCUGAUGGCUCCGAGCACAAAGUGGAUUCAAAAAGAUACCCAAUGGAGAUGCACAUAGUGAGCAAGAGGAAGGACUUAUCUCUGGCAGAGGCACUGACGACUCCUAAUGGGCUGGCCGUGCUGGGAUUCCUUAUCGAGGUGACACUUAAUGCAUUUGACUAG